CUAUGGCUUAAACCUACGAACUGCUCAGCUCGUCUUCUUCACCAAAAAGGGUUUAAGAGCUACUUCUUCUUCUUCUGCUGCUGCUGCUGCUGCUGCUGCUGCAACUCCUGCAAGUUUUAAGCCAGAGGAAGAGUGAUUGCAGUCAUGGCCGCAGAGAGCGCGAGCCACGACCAAUCGCACAAAGCCCAUCGCUCUCGCCAGGCGGGGCCCUCCGCGCAGAAGAAAUCCAAGGCCGACAAGAGGAAGAAGAGCAAGGGCGGCGACGACCCGCAGAGGCAGAACCCCAAGGCCUUCGCCUUCAACUCCUCCGUCAAGGCCAAGCGGCUGCAGUCGCGUGCCGUCGAGAAGGAGCAGCGGAGGCUCCACGUCCCCACGAUCGACCGCUCCUACGGCGAGCCGCCUCCUUAUGUGGUUCUAGUUCACGGGCCUCCAAAGGUUGGGAAGUCCCUUUUGAUAAAGUCGCUAGUGAAGCACUAUACUAAGCAUAAUUUGCCCGAUGUUCGCGGUCCAAUUACAAUUGUAUCAGGUAAGCAGAGGAGGCUGCAGUUUGUGGAGUGCCCUAAUGAUAUCAAUGGCAUGAUUGAUGCUGCAAAAUUUGCUGAUCUGGCAUUGCUUCUCAUAGAUGGAAGCUACGGUUUUGAAAUGGAAACCUUUGAGUUCCUGAAUAUUUUGCAAGUACACGGGUUCCCAAAGGUUAUGGGAGUCUUGACACACCUUGAUAAGUUCAUGGAUGUGAAGAAGCUCAAGAAAACAAAACAACGGCUCAAGCAUCGUUUCUGGACUGAAAUAUAUGAUGGAGCAAAAUUAUUUUACUUAUCUGGUCUUAAACAUGGGAAGUAUACUAAACGGGAGAUACAUAAUCUUGCAAGGUUCAUCUCUGUUAUGAAGUUUCACCCUUUAUCUUGGAGGACUACUCAUCCAUAUGUAUUGGUUGAUCGCUUUGAAGAUGUUACUCCUCCUGAAAGGAUACGCAUUGAUAAAAAGUGUGACAGAAACAUUACAGUUUAUGGCUAUUUGCGAGGCUGCAACCUGAAGAAGGGAACCAAGGUGCAUAUUGCCGGUGUUGGAGAUUACAGUUUAGCUGGUGUGACCAGCUUAGCUGAUCCCUGUCCCUUACCAUCAGCUGCUAAGAAGAAGGGACUCCGUGAUAAGGAAAAACUGUUUUAUGCUCCUAUGUCUGGACUUGGGGACCUCCUCUAUGACAAGGAUGCAGUCUACAUAAACAUAAAUGAUCACUUUGUUCAGUUCUCAAAAGUUGAUGAUGAAAAUGGGGAACUCAAACGCAAAGUAGGAAGGGACCAAGAUGUUGGUGAGGCUUUGGUGAGAUCGCUCCAGAAUACAAAAUACUCAAUCGACGAAAAGCUAGAACAAAGCUUCAUCGACCUUUUUAGUCGGAAACCCAAUAUGUUGCCGGAAGCUCAACACAAUUUGGAACGUCAGUCUGAAAGAGAGCCUGCCAACGGAGACAGUGCUGUAUCUGAUGACAGCAACAAUGAGGACUUUGAUGUUUCAGAACCUACUGAUGAGGAUGAAGCCGGUCAGAGCAACGCAAGGAUUGUGAAUGAUGGAAGUGAUUUUGAUGAAGAAGAUGGUGAUCAAUCAGAAGGACACCCUUCCCUUAAAGAGAGAUUGAAGGAACAUGUUGAGUUUCAUGGUGGAAGGCUGAGGAGAAAAGCCAUAUUUGGAAAUGAAGCUGAUCAUAUGGAUGUUGGUUCCGAUGACGAAGAUGGAGAUAGCAACAAUGAUGAUGAUAUAAACAACGAUUCACCUUCUGAUUCCGAUUAUUCCGGGGAAGGUGGAGAAGAUCAUGAAACAGAUGAAGAUGACGUGGGCAAUGUUUCUAAGUGGAAGGAAUCCUUGUUGGAAAGGGCUGUCUCAAGGCAACACACUAACCUUAUGCAAGUUGUAUAUGGAAAAUCUACUUCAGCGUCAACUCCUGUGAGUCAAACACAGGAAAAUAGUGAAGGUGAAGAGAGUGAGGGAGACGAUUUCUUUACGCCAAAACAAGAAGGAAAGAUGAAAUCGAGAGAAGGACCAGAUGAUGGAGAUCUUGAUGCUGAAGAUUCUUCUAAAUUCACCAAGUAUGGGACAAUAAAAAGCUGGAAAGAGGGAGAAGUAAUUGAAAGCAUCCGCGACCGCUUUGUGACUGGGGACUGGUCAAAAGCGGCUAGCAGAAACCAGAUAUCAGAGGCGAACAAUGAUGAAGAUGAUGAUGUGUAUGCAGACUUUGAAGAUCUAGAAACAGGAGAGAAAUAUGAAAGUCAUCCCACAAGAGAAGCUGGCAAAACUGCAAUGCAGAAGGAAGACAAUUCAGUGAUUGAAGAGAGGAGGCUGAAGAAGCUUGCUCUACGUGCAAAAUUUGAUUCUGAAUAUUAUGAAUCUGAGUCACCAGAGGAAGAGACUGAUAAAGAGCAUAGGGGAAAGACUAACCGCAGUCAAGCAAAUGAAGGUGGAUAUUUUGACAAGUUGAAGGAGGAGAUUGAACUUCGCAAGCAGCUAAAUAUUGCUGAACUUGAUGACCUGGACGAGUCGACUCGAGUAGAGAUUGAGGGUUUCCAAACUGGUACAUACCUAAGAUUGGAGGUCCAUGAUGUUCCUUUUGAGAUGGUUGAACAUUUUGAUCCCUGUCAUCCCAUAUUGGUUGGUGGAGUCGGUCUUGGUGAGGAGAAUACAGGAUACAUGCAGGCAAGGUUGAAGAGGCAUAGGUGGCACAAGAAAGUGCUGAAGACUAGAGACCCGAUCAUUGUUUCUAUUGGGUGGAGGCGUUACCAAACCAUACCUAUUUAUGCAAUAGAGGAUACUAAUGGAAGGCAUCGAAUGUUAAAGUACACCCCAGAACACAUGCACUGCCUCGCCAUGUUCUGGGGUCCUUUAGCUCCUCCAAACACUGGGGUAGUUGCUGUCCAGCAUUUAUCAAACAAUCAGGCAUCAUUCAGGGUAACAGCAACUGCUGUAGUUCUUGAGUUCAACCAUGCAGCACGCAUAGUGAAGAAAAUUAAACUGGUCGGUUACCCUUGCAAAAUCUUCAAGAAGACUGCACUCAUAAAGGAUAUGUUUACUUCAGAUCUUGAAAUAGCUAGGUUUGAAGGUGCAGCUGUUCGAACUGUCAGUGGGAUUCGAGGUCAAGUGAAGAAGGCUGCGAAAGAAGAAAUAGGGAAUGAACCAAAAAGGAAAGGAGGACAGCUUAGAGAAGGGAUAGCCAGAUGCACCUUCGAGGACAAAAUACUGAUGAGCGACAUUGUUUUCUUGCGUGCGUGGACCCAAGUUGAAGUUCCUCACUUUUACAACCCAUUGACCACCGCAUUGCAGCCUCGCGACCAGACAUGGCAAGGAAUGAAAACUGUCGCUGAACUGAGGAGGGAGCACAAUCUGCCGGUUCCUGUCAAUAAAGAUUCGUUGUACAAGCCAAUUGAAAGGAAGCCAAGAAAGUUCAACCCAUUGGUGGUUCCAAAGUCAUUACAGGCAGCUCUUCCAUUUGCUUCAAAACCAAAAGAUAUUCCUAGUAGGAGGCGACCGCUCCUUGAGAACAGAAGAGCAGUAGUGAUGGAACCCCAUGAGAGAAAAGUUCAUGCUCUUGUUCAACACCUGCAACUAAUUAGGCAUGAGAAGAUGAAGAAACGAAAGCUUAAGGAAGAGCAGAAGAGGAAAGAGCUAGAAGCAGAGAGGGCAAAAGAUGAGCAGUUAUCAAGAAAGCGUCAGAGAGAGCAAAGGCGGGAGCGAUAUCGGGUGCAGGACAAACAGAAGAAGAAAACACGAAGGAAUUAGGAGGCCUGUUCCCUCCCACAUUGCAACUUAUUUCUGGCAGCUGAAGCAAAGUCAGCCAGCGGCUCCGAUCAAGAAUUUCCUAACAAAUUAGUUGAUCUCUGGGACCCCAAAGGGUUGGAUAGAGAAAACUCUGUUCAAGGAAGUGCUGGCAAGAAAAGAAGAAAGGAGGUCGGACCGUUGGGAGGAUUCAGCUGUGAAGAAUUUUGCAUGGCAGAAAUUCUUGUUAGUAGGUUUUUCCUUUGCUAGUGUAAAAUUUUGCCAAUCAACCCAAAAGCUAGCUCAGUGCUUAAUUUGGACUCAUGAAAAUCGUAGUUUGUCAUGGCUCGUGGGUCCAGAAAGAACCUAGCGCUCUUGCAGGACUGCUGCAGCGAAACUUGGAUUGCCAGAGCAUGGGAUACGGCAGCUGCUCUACUUAGUUGCUCGUGCAAUUACCGAAUUGGAGAACAACUCAGCACUGUUUGGCUUUUAGGAUAGGAAGUAGCAGCUUACAAUUUAUUUAUAGGCGGGACUGGCAAGAAAAUUCUUUAUGGGAAUGAGAAAGUUACGGCAAUGCUAUUGUUUUGGUCGUA